CCACCACCUGGCCUCCUCUUCUCCCGCACGCUCCGGAGUCCGGACACAAGGCUCUCGAACCCACCAGCCAGUUCACCACUUGUCACGUCCAACUUUCCGCCAUGGGCAGGAGGCCUGCGCGUUGCUACCGUCAGAUCAAGAACAAGCCGUACCCGAAGUCGCGCUACUGCCGGGGCGUCCCGGACCCGAAGAUCCGCAUCUUCGACGUGGGGCAGAAGAAGCGCGGCGUGGACGAGUUCCCGCUGUGCGUGCACCUGGUGAGCUGGGAGAAGGAGAACGUGUCGAGCGAGGCGCUGGAGGCGGCCCGGAUCGCGUGCAACAAGUACAUGGCGAAGCACGCGGGCAAGGACGCGUUCCACCUCCGCGUGCGCGCGCACCCGUUCCACGUCCUCCGCAUCAACAAGAUGCUCUCCUGCGCGGGCGCCGACCGCCUGCAGACCGGGAUGCGCGGCGCCUUCGGCAAGCCCACGGGGACGUGCGCGCGCGUCGCCAUCGGCCAGGUGCUGCUCUCCGUGCGCUGCCGGGACGCGCACGCGCCGCAGGCGCACGAGGCGCUGCGCAGGGCCAAGUUCAAGUUCCCCGGACGCCAGCGGAUCAUCACCAGCGGCAAGUGGGGGUUCACCAAGUUCUCUCGCGCGGAGUACCUGAGGCUCAAGAGCGAGGGACGUGUAGUCCCCGAUGGAUCCAAUGCAAAGCUGCUCACUUGGCACGGGUCUCUUGCUAAUCGCCAGCACGGCAGAGCGGUGUAUCCACCCUCUGUCGCAGGAUCCGCUUAGAGAGAUCCACCAUCCGUCGCAGGAUCUGCAUUGGUCAGACGGCUGGGACGUGUGCCAGCCCUUGAGGUCUUCGAGAGGUCUGAUGAGGACAUGCAGACGCAGUACACCGGGACGACUCCGGGAGUUGCUCUGUAUAUAAUACACGCACGUCUUACGUCUACCUGGCGUAUAUGUAUGUAUAUCGGGUGCUUCUGACGGAGAUGCAGUGUUUGUACUAGUGCUAUAUAUGUGUUUAAUUUACUUGGAGCUGUCCAGGCCGGUUUACCGUACCUAUAUAUGGAGCACUUCGUCAAUAAAUAAAGGUGCAUUGUUAUAUACGGUGCGCCGUGGAUUAUUCGAUGUGUAUCGUUAUAUAUAUACAGUACUCUUUUGCCGAUCUUAAAA